AUGAUGCAGCAGCCUGCCACCAACAUGGCGGCUCCACUCUCUUUGGAUCGCCGGCCAGCUUCGGCGUUCCCGCAAGAUUUUGUUGGAGGCGCCGGCAGCGAUCCUCGCUACCUGGCUGCUGGCCAACCUUUCGCCUCGGAAUCUCAUCUACACAAUCCUCACCAGCAACAAAUGUAUUCGCAUCCGGCUCCAGACUUUGCCGGCGGCUACAACCAUACCGCGACCAGGGCGCCAUACGACCAGCAGCUUUCUUUCGAUGCCACAGCCCCCUCGCACGUACCGGCGUGGUUCUAUCAGUCGAAUCAGGAUCGCUCAUCGCACAACGUUCCUGCUGCCGCCCUCCCCUUCUCGCUCGACUCGUAUCCGCCACAGACCAACGGUGCAUCGGCAGCCACCAACAGCCUCUCGGCACCUCCGGUCUCGUCCCUAUCUGCGAGCGCACCACCCGAACGAGGUGCUUCUGCAGCCCCAGCAACUGCCGGUCUUCAUCCCGUUGGUCCCUCCGAAGCCGCACCGUUCGCCGUCAGCACGGCUGGCAAUGUUUCGUCGAUCUCGCUCCCAUCGGCUCUUCCGCCACCAGCCGUGAGCGAGAGGCGCUCUAGCGAUGACUCAGUGCACAACAUGGUCAACACUGGCUUGCCUAUGAUCGACGCCCACCCUCCAGCUGGUGCCGUGCCGAUGUCCAUCGCCGCCCGGGCGGGUUCCGAGGCUGCCGGCUUCAACGGGUCUCUCUCGCCCACUUCGUCCGCUCGCAUGUCGGGCAGUCCUGAGGCCCUCGCUUCAUCCAGCGGAUAUCCUCACUACGUCUCAGCUUCAACAGGUCCGCCCACAGGCAUGGUGAUUGGCGCGCCCAUGUCCAGCUCCGUCCUCGAAUCGAUCGACUCCUGGCUGGCUCCCGCACCCCCUGCUUCGAUGAACAGCAACACCACUGCUGGUGGCGACGCUUCGGCUGCGGCCAACUCCACGUCUUCCCACGGCACAACACGAAACAUUUCGCCAGCAGGUGGCUCAGCUGCAAGCAGCGUGCCGUCUUCCACACGAGUGUCUACUGGUGCUGUCUUCCAUCCUGGCUCGGCCUCCAACGACGCCUCGGCAUCCUCCUCGGCCGCUUUCAAGACGAGUGUCGAGAGGCGCGAGCGCAACAAGGCGUCGCAACGCGAGUCACGAAAGCGAAAGCAGGAUCGCAUGGAGACGCUGGAGAGCGAGAAUGCGGCGCUGCGCAAGGCGCUCGCCGACAUGAAAAAGUUCAGCCACGCCCUUUCGAACGGCGCGGGCAUUCGUGGCGCCGACGGCGCCGAGGUGGCUCCCAUCCAGCUCACCAAGUUCACGGGCGCAUUCCAUCUCGAUCUCAUCGAGUCGCAUCUGGAAGACGAAAGCGCCGAGGCCGAGUGGAAGGGUAUGAUCGGCCAUCGCUUCCCUGCUCAGACCUCGUCGGCGCAAGACUGGGAUGGCCCCACCUUCGGUGCCGCAUCUUCAGCGUCGGACUCGGACGAGGAGCACAGCCGAGAAGACGCAGGAGGUCCAGCCAACGCGGCAACACAAGCUGACUCGACUCAGGCCUCUGGGUCGACCAAAUUCGAGGGACCAUCCUCGGUGGCGACCGAAAAGGCCAAGAGCUCGCUCGCACCGUCGCAGCCAGACUCGCAAGCGGGCAAGAAGGCGACCUGGGAGAUCUCGCUCAAUCAGAAACGCCAGAAAGCCGCGCAGAGCUUCCCCUCGAUGGUCGCAGUGCCCGAGUUGGUGCUAUACAAGGUGUGUCGUCUCUACUUUAGCACGCUUCUGCCUUUUACCACGAAGCUCAAGUCGGGCAUCAUCAACCUGCGCGCAGCGCGCGAGGCUCCCGGCUUCAUUGGCGGAAUGGACGACCUGCCACGUUUCCCCGGAGAUCCAUCGUUUGUCGGCGAAGAGUUCUACCUGCCACGAAACCUGAUGCCGACCGAGAUGCAGAUGCGCAUCGGCUUCCACCCGGUCGAGAUCGCAGUGCUGCCGUAUCCGGCGAUGCGCGACCGCGUCCUGACGAUCCUCAGCGCGUUCCAUGCGAUCGAGGAGCUGGCUCAAGCAGAGGAGGACGCCGCUCGAUUCACGGACGAGUCGAGCAGCGACAAGUCGCUGGGCAAUAGCGGCGGUGCCCGAGCUCCAAGCGCCGAGGAGACCGAGCUCAACGACGAGGACAUUCGCAAGCGCACCGCCUUGGUUGCAGACAUGUCGGCGUGGAAGCCCAAGGAGGCGUCCGGCGCCGUGGUGAUCCCGGACAAGGGCCGAAUCUACUCGUACGGAUUCCUGGAGAAGCCCAAGGGCUCGCACCGUCUGCGCAAGCCAGCGCAGCGCUGGCUGGACGAGUUUUUCUACGCGAUCGUGCAAACGCUGCGCGUCUGGUCGCCCGCCGGCGAUGUGUUUGACGGCGAGUGCUUCGAGUUCAAGGAGAGCUUCUUCCGCAAGUACCCUUACAUGGUCGACGGCGAGAUCUUGCGUGCCACAAACCGCUGGAGGAGGGCACGAGGCGAGGAUCCCAUCCGCCUAUGA